AUUUUGUAUUAUUGAGUAUUUUUAGUGCCUCUCCAUUUGGCAUUGAUUUGUUGAUUGUAAUUUUAAUUCUGAAUAUGAAUUCAGAUGUGUGUGGCAGUGUCUUUUUUUGCCGCUUUUUCACAAUGGCUUCUCGUUCGUUCUGUGCUCUAAAGCAUCUUUUCCUGGUUGUUCCUGAUACAACUUUUUCAGCGACUGCAAAGCUGAUUCUAACUAGUUCAUAUAUCUUUUCGAACAAUUACCUAUGUAUUCAAGUCAAAAUUCAUGAGCGGCGUCUUAUUUCUCAGUGAUUUCCAACAAUUACUUGCCAAUUUCUACAACAUCGUUUGGUGAUGUAUUCACAUUCAGAGCUCUAACCUAUUACAGAUUUCAAACACAUUGAAAUUCGAACUAGCAAUAUUUAUUAUUAUCAAUUAUUUUGAGAACUUUACAUAUCUUCAUUCAACAAAACAUACAAAUCAUUGAUUUGGUUCACUUCAUCAGGACUUACAAUACUAGGACUCAAUUUUAGCAAGCCUAGCCUGCAUUGACAUACAUUGUGCAUCACGAUUUUUCAUGUAAUCAGUGCCUACAAAUUUUGAGACAUUCCAACUUUGAACAAUUAUUCAUCUUCAAAAACUACAUUAUUCUCUCCAUGGUACAUCAUCCUUGCUGAAACCCUGGUUCCUGAAUUUCAAGCCUCACUGAAUCUCCUUAUUCAACUCUGGUUCCUGAUAUUCAAAUUUCUCUGGACAUUGAGAUUGAACGGCAGCACACUUGAAAGGCGGUCUGUUCACAAUGAUGUCGAUUAAAACUCUACCCGAUGCCAAGGCAUUGGUUGGAUAAAAGCAUGUACGGAAAAAUACGGAAAAAAGUGACUAGAGCUGCAGUGUGACCUAUGUGUGAUGCUAAUUCGAGAUAUAGCUAAAUGGGCUUCCGCAAACGACUGUGCAACGACCAACCAUUUAUAUGUUAUGGAAAAUUCGUCAGAUGUACACAAUAUACGAUAAUGGUAUUGAGUUUUAAUGAAUUGAUGGACUCCUGCUUUAAUAUCUUCUUCAUAAUGAAGGUGAGGAAUCCAAAAGUCAUCAUGACUCAUGCAUCAGCAUUCAUCUUCAACAACAUAUUUCUCCUUCUUAGCUAUUAUAGUGGUCAGCAAAUUAGCAACCAGAAUGAAAUAUUGCGAAGAUAUCUGGCAGAGCUUCCAUGGAUCAACAAGCCAAAGUGGUUCAAGCAGAGCAUGCUAAUUAUGAUGAGUCGAGCUAAUGUUGAUACUCAGAUCAAACUAUAUGGAAUCUUCUACCUGAACCUCACAUCGUACAAAGAUUUGUUGAAAGCUGCUUUCUCCUUUGCGAACAUUCUCUACACUUACAAAGUGGCACGAGGAGAACAAUAAGGUGCUGGAAAUGACAAUACAGGUGAAACUUAUCUCAAUGGGGGCAUGGAACGGUCAAGGGAGAGCAAUA